CCGAAAAUGGAAGGAAGAAUUCGAAAACCCUCGAAUCUUUCCCAAAUCACCCAACUUCCCGUUGAUAGCCCUCGUUUGACUCCACCUUUUUUCAAAAUUAACAAAAAAAAUUAAGAAACUGGUCCAGUCAAUUCCUUCAACUCUCAGGUGUGUUAGAAAUGGCGAGUGGUUUUGAGGAAUCAACAAGCAUACCGCCCCCAAGUUCUUCUUGCUCGGGUAGUAAUAAUGCUAAUGAUGCUGGUGAUUUCGAAUGUAAUAUCUGCUUUGAAUUAGCUCAAGACCCAGUUGUUACUUUUUGUGGUCAUCUCUUCUGUUGGCCAUGCCUGUACAGAUGGUUGCACCAUCACUCUCAUUGUCAAGAAUGCCCGGUUUGCAAGGCCCUCAUACAAGAGGAAAAACUCGUUCCACUUUAUGGCAGGGGCAAAAACCAGACUGAUCCGCGGUCAAAAUCGUAUCCAGGGAUGGAAAUCCCAAACCGCCCAGCUGGGCAAAGACCAGCAACUGCUCCUUCUCCCCCAGAAACAAAUCAGUUUGCCAAUUACGGGUUUGGACUAAUGGGGGGUUUUGUUCCGAUGGCAACUUCAAGGAUUGGUAACUUCACAAUGGGUUUCGGAGGCCUGUUGCCAUCCUUGUUUAAUAUUCAUUUUCAUGGAUUUCCUGACGCAACUGUGUAUGGAACAACUUCAGGAUUUCCUUAUGGGUUCAAUACUGUUCAUGGUGGCCAUGGUCAAGGGUUUCCCCAGCCAACGGCUCGAGGACAGCAAGCAGAUAAUGUUUUGAAGAAUCUUCUUUGGUUGAUAGGGAUCUUUGUUGUCCUUGCUCUGCUUUGUUGGUGAAAUAGUUUGCCACUUAAGCUCAGCCAGUGCUGGUUAUUUAGUGUCUGUCUGUAAAUGUGCUAGCUGCAUUGGAGAUUAUGUUUUGGCUUGAGAAAAGGUUGUCUAUAUUAUACUGUCAUUUUUGUUUCAUUUAGCUUCUGCAACAACUUACACCAAAUUUUAAUUUCUCUUUGCUAAAAUAAGAACCAGUGAAGUGUUUUUUUUCUUAUACAUGGAGACAUUGUGUUGAUUGCCUGUUUAGCUGUUCCAUAGCUGGUUGCUAGUAAUAUAAUCACAACUAGCAGUUGAAGUAAUUGUGCAUAGCCUAUCACGUGACAUGGUAAACCAGUUCUUCUAUAUGUGAAAACAAAUGUUCUAAAUGGGAUGCUAAAGUGUAUCCAGCAUCUUUGUCCAAUGGUGGAAACAUGUGACAUUCCUGAGAAUGUUGUUGCCAAUGGUGGGGAGAAUGACAUUUAUGGUGUUGGCAAAUUGUUUCUGCUUUGGAUAUUGCUGAAGUAUGUUGUUGCACUGACCAUUUUUAAUUUUCUUUUUGUCUUUCUAUGGCUCCCCCUUCCAUUAAAUACCUUUUUGAUAAUAGAAACUUCCUCCACAACAGUUGAUUUGCUUACUAAGAUAAUUUAAGUUUUUGGGAUUAGUUUAACUGAAGUCUGAGAUCAUUAUCAAGUACAUCAUAUUAAUCAUGCACAUGAUCAUGUAAUUUAUCAAAGCAAAUCCUUAUUUGGGGCGUUUUUA